AAGUCAUUCGAAAAAGAAUUGUGUAACGUGUAUUUUGUGUGAUUGAAUUUAAGGAAAAUUUAUAUAUUUAAUUAAAAAAAAAAAAAAAAAUUAUAAUAAAGAUGCGUAUUACAAAUAUAUUUUUGUAUAAAGUUCAUAAUAUCCCAUAUAGAUAUCGUGGGAAAUAUGGUAAAAUUAAAAAACCCACUUUGAAGAAUAUAAUGGAUUUUAAAAACGAUCUUGAAAGAGAAGAAGAAAAUAUGUUAAUACUGAGACAUCCUUAUCUUACUAUCGAACAAUCACAAGGUCAUAUGAAAGAAGUUAGAAAACAAAAUUAUUUGAUUCAGUUAAAUAAGUGGCAACAAGAAAAAAAUGAAAAAUUUAACAAAAAAAUAACUAUUUCAGAUCGGUUAAAUCAUUUAAAAAUAGCUAAUGUAUGGGAUUAA